UCGAACGGAACGCCGCCGCCGACUGCGCCGCUCAAACCAACCAACCCACCCCGUUCCGCUCCGCCCCACGCCUCCUUCAUUCACUCGACCGACUACAACCACUGGCGUUCUUAUUAGAUUUUAUGGCGGCUCCGACUUAGAACACAAAACAACAACUAAAACAACGUUUCAUUUCGCCUUGUUUCUCGGCCCUUUGCCACUCGUUUCGUUCUCUCGCCGUUAGAAUCGCACGCUGCCGCUGCCGCAGCUGGCGUCGCUGCCACUGGCUGACUUAUUGGCUUUAAGCGAAUUUGAACGUCGCUCGAACUUUUAUUCAACGUGUUGGUUCCAUCGUGUAAGCAACUCUGAAACGCUACAUAUUCGCUGCGGAAACAGAAAACUGUAAAAACACACAAACCGAAAACACAAAACCCCCUUCAAAAUACAAACUAAGCCCCAAAAAUUCGCGAUACGCAAGUGCUAAUUACGAUAUUUAUGAAAAAAGUAUAUGAAUUCCAUAAAAAUCAAAAAUCGAAAAGAUUUAACAAUAUUUUUUUGAAGUUUUGAAUCCACAAAGUGCUUUAAACAACAACAACAACAACUACUACUACUACUACCAAAAUGCCUUACAACAGCGUCACGCUUUAGUGUCACAAGUGUUAGCCCCCACCCCUGUGCUAAAUACCCAUUUGAAACUGAAACCAAAGGAGACCCAAACAGGUGUCCGUCUGCCGAAGGGCCAACGAAACACACCGGAGACAAUCAACAGUAGAAGGGCAGAGCUCCACCUUUGGAGAAGGAGGUUGUACAACAGCUCAGCUCGGCCCGGCGAUUUGUGCAUUUAAUGAUUCGCUGCCGAUGUGAAGUGAGGUGCCGGCUUUUUGACGUUCAACGCAUUCGCUCGGCCUUUGCGCUCUGAGCAACAACAAAAGUCGGGGAUCUGCACCGAUGGAACCAAUGGACCGGCCAUACUCCUCCUGCCCCUAAAGAACCCGAAUAAACCGAAAGAAAAACUCAAGAGUUUACAAAGGGAGUUGAACUUGUGAUAAGCGCAAGAGUUAAGCCCAAGUGUGUGCCUCCAGAAAACCCUCUCUGAAUAAAAUAUAUAUAGAAAAGGAAAAGAUAUAGAAGAAAACUUGUUGGGUAGUACAACCAACCAACCAAUGCAACGCGAAGGCCUUCAUCUGUGAUUUAAAAAUACAUAACAAAAGAAAAGAAAACACCUUAAGAUAGAGCCAGUUCGUUACGUUUAACUUUAGUUCGCCUUAGUUUUUGUUUAAUUUCCCGUGUGUGCAACUGCUAGCCGCUUAGUCAGCCAUGUUCAACUCCAACAUACCGGCCUCUUCGCUGCUCAGCGUCGACGGCAACGGCCUCCUGAUGGGCGGCCACACACCCAAGACACCCGAGAUCCUGAACUCGCUGAUUGCCAUGACCAAUCCGCUGGACAACUUCCCUUUCGGUCGCCUUUCUGCAUCCGCCGUCUCGUCGGCUUCUUGCAGUGCCGCCUCCACGCCGGUGGUCUCCGUACGCCACUUCAACGGACAUCCCAACGGGCAGUCGCACUCGCAGGACAGCAGUCAUUCCAGUUGCUCCGGAUCGCCGCUCGAAUCGCCAGCGGGCACGGCCACCACGCCCAGUGUCCAACAGACCUGCUCUCGCCUGAUCAAGGAGGGCCUGAAACUCUCCAUCCAGAGCAAGCGCAAGCUCUCCACCUGCGACUCCAGCUCCGGAUCGGAGCAGCCGCAUUCCAAGUACUCGCGGCGCAGCAGCACCCACAACGGGCACAGCGGCAGCAGCAACAACUACAGCGGCAACAUGAGCAACGCGAACGACUUGGACGACGACUGCGAGGAGUCGAGCGACGAGGAUAGCGAGACCAAAUCGCAGCCCAAGGGGCUGACACCCGAGGACGAGGACCGCCGGCGGAGGCGUCGCGAGCGGAACAAGAUCGCCGCCACCAAGUGCCGGAUGAAGAAGCGCGAACGGACCCAGAAUCUGAUCAAGGAGUCGGAGUUCCUGGACACCCAGAAUGUUGAGCUUAAGAACCAAGUGCGCCUGCUGGAAACCGAACGCCGAAAGCUGUUGGACAUGCUGCAAUCGCACUGUUGCCAGCGAGCCGAAAGCUGCCAAUUGCCCAACCAACUACUCCAAUCGCCGGCCCAGAAAUAUCUCAGCGAACUGGACCUGGACACGGUGAGCAGUGAGGUGGCCAAUUCCGGCAACAACCAGCGGCUGCAGAGCAUACCCUCUAUGGCAACCUUCAAGUUCAGCUCCAAAACAGCGGCGGCCAUGGCCCAGCAACUGCCCACUGGCUACUGCAAGCCCUCGCCCAGCGCCCAGGAGUUGGAGCACGCCGGCUACCAGCAGGCCCUAAAUCCCGCCGGCAACAGCGUCGUGGAGCAGCAACAGGUCAAUCCCAGUCCCAGCCUGAUGUCCGACUACGUGCCCAACUGCGAUGGCCUGAGCAGCAGCAAUAAUCCGAGCCACAACAGCAGCAGCAACACCAGCAGCAACAUGAGCAGCAACGUCAGCUGCAACGCCAGCAACAUCAGCAGCAGUAAUGCCUCAAGAAACACCAGUACAACGCCCACCAACGCCACCAGCAGCGCCAUUGAGUUUGUGAAGAACGAGCUUGUGGAUUCGCAGAGUCCCUAUACCACCGCAUUAAGUGCAGAGAGGUUCCUGUUUGAGCCCAGCGAUGGAUUCCCGGACAUCAAGCACGCCUGUGUUUUGCCCUCGCCUUGCGGGGGCAUCAAUGGCAUCAACAUGGCCAGCGUGGUGCACACGAAUGGGAACACCGGGCAUAAUAAUAAUAACAACAACCACCUCAUGGACUUCCACCAGGGCCUGCAGCACGGCAACAUUGGUGUUGGAGUGGGCGUUGGUGUGGGAGUGACGCCCUACGAUGCUGCCGAAGAACUGGUGCUGCUGAAGAACGGCUGCUUUUCGACCGAUCUGCUUUCCCAGUUCGUAGAGGACGGCGGGGAGUAUGUGGACUUGGACACGGCCACCGCCUUUAUGAGCAACGGCAGUUGCCUGGCGUGAGGAAGGGCGCCGGACAGGGAGCGGGAUCGAGACCGCGACCUGCUGCUCCUGGCCUUCGACCAGUCCAGCGGUCAUCAGCAACAGGAGCAACAUCAGCAGCAACAGCAAGAUCCUUUGGAGAAAGAGGAUCCACCAGCUAGUCCACAACUUGAUCGGCAGGUGGAACUCGAACUCGAAAUGGAGCUGCAACUCGGAGAGGAGCAGGAUCCGGCCUGGGCCCAUGUAGACUACUGGUGCUAGACCAUCAUCCCCAUACUAAUGUUAAUCUUAACCGCCACUCAUUGACUAAGCGAAAGUAAAAGCAGGAGAACAGAACAAGAAGCUGAAGAAGCCGCAGUCCCCUAAACCCCCAUAACCAAGUUCCCAUCCAAUCCGGUCCAAAUGUAUGCCUUCAAUACUUUACCCAAAGCUCUAAAACAUUUCUACUUAAUACUGGAUAUGUUCGAAAAUGUAUUUUCAAACAGUCCAAAUUAUUUUUAUUUCAUCAUAUUUUACAUUUACCGUUUGGUUCAGAUUUUCGUAUUCUUUUGCACUUACUAAAACGAUUUCAUUAAUAUUUUGAAAAUCUAGCUUACAAUUUUAAAAAAGAAAAUGUUCAUUUAUAUUAAAAACCCCCGGAAUCCAAGUUCUUCCAAUAGCAGUGGGACCCGAGCCCACGAUCCAUUCAAGGACCACUCGAAUAUCAUCCCCAACCCCAGACCAUCCUCGCCCAAUAAAAAACCCUGAUCCUUUGAUCCCAAGUCCGCCUGGAGCGGCAUCCAGCCUGUGGCUUGACUACCUCAUGAAGCAAGAAGCAGAAACAAUUAACAAGUAACUAUCAUUAAAGAGUUUUAAGAAGUAACGAGUAAAGAACGUAGGAUGAUGGACAAAAAGGCAGAAGAAUCAGAGCACACAAACACACGCGCAGCGAGAAGUAGCACUUGCACAACUGUACAUAACCAAACUUUUGAUACGAUAACUAGGUAUAUCGAUAACAUUCCAUUGCAAGCAUGCGAAAAGUCAAGAAGAAACGGAAAAUCGAGAAAAGUAGAGCAGUGAUCAACUGCGAGCAGUCACAUCCGCAUCAGUAAUUAUUAAUUUUAAUUUGUUCAACUCUUUUUCCAAUCGUAUUUUUGUUUGCUCUUUGCUCCCAACGAAGCCUCAAAAAUUAUAUUAACUAUGCUUAUAUAUGUGUAAACAAUCGGUAGAGAUUAGAAAGGAUGGAAAUUCAUGUUAAGAUUUCAAAAGCAGCAGAAGAAAUGGGAAGCCCAUGCGAUAUAUAAUGACGUUUGAUAUUUUUUUCUAAAACCUAGGCAUAGUCAGUGAUAAACCCUAUAUAAAUACUAUUUAAACAAAAUACAUGUAUGCAUUUUUGUUUUUUUUUUUUUGUGUCCGUACUUUGUAAGCUAUGUUUAACGAUGACCGAAAAAUUGUGUAAGCUGUUGCCUUUAUCAAAAAUUAAAACGACAAAAAAAUAACUUUCAAUUGAAAACUAAAUUACAAUUAACUCUUUUUCAAAACUAAUCUACAUAUACAAGAACAACAAAAUAAUUAAAUAAUUUAUAUGUGUAUAUAUAUACAAGAUAUGUAAAAAUGAAAAGAAAAAUGUAUGAUGUAUGAAUUGGUGGAAUCGAAACCUUAAAGUGCUGUUAAAAUUUAAACUUUGCAAACUCCUUAUAACUUGCGCCUUAUUACAGUUUAACGAAGAAAAACUUUUGUAAUUUAUAUUAUAUACAUAUGGUAGAAGUUGAAGAAUAUAUAUACAAGUGUGUACUAAAACAAAGCAAAACAUAUAUAUUUGUGUGUGUCUAUUGCUUUAUUAACGAUUUGAAUCAGAGGUUUUAUAUAUAUAUAGAUACCUAUACACGGAUAUAAGAAUUAUAUAUAUACAAAAGUGUGUGUACAAACAGCUGUGAACACCAAAAAGUGGCCUAAGGAACAUCAAACCCAAAUGAAAAUCAAAACAAAUACAAAUUCCUUCACAACAAGUGCUUUGAAAUUGUUUCGUUAUCGCAAACGCCUCGAUUUGUACUAAAGAAUUAGCCAACGAUACCGAAAAACGAUAAUCAAUGAAUAAAAUCUAUUUAAAAUACGGAAUACCAACUAUUUAUAACACCCAUGUACAUGUAAACGAACCCGAUGAGCUCUUCAAGAUUCUUGAGCACCACAUUUCUCUCUAGUUGAACCAAGUCUACCAUAAUGUUAUGUUACCCCAAAAUCCCCAAUAUGAUUGUUAAGCAUUGUAACCAGAAAGAAGCCUUUUCACUUGAAAUCAAAAAUUGUAUUGACCAUACCUUAAGCGAAGUUUACCUCACACACACACACACACACACACACACACACAAAACCCUUGCACACGCAAAAAAGUAACCCUUAAGGAUUUUAUGGUAAGGACUUCACUCGCCGACAAUUGAUAUUACGUUUAGCUUCCAACCAAAAAAAAAAACUCAAAAAAAUUAACAAAAACGAAAAACUUAAACAAGUUUCAACCACUCAGGUCAGGCGAGUGAAGAAGCUACCAGGGUUGCCACAUUCGAUGUUAAAUGUAAUUCGUAACCAUAAAUGUUACCUGUAAGCCCUAAUUGUAAAUGGCAAAAUGCAAUCAAGUCCAUUAUGUUAACCCCCAAAAACCAAUCGGGGGACGAAAGGAAAGUCUUCGCUUGUAAAUUUCGUUUAUUUUUGUAUUAUUUCUCGAUUUGUUUGUUUGUUUUCGAUUAAUAUUCUCUAAUAUAUAUAUAUUCUCUACACAAAAUAUGACCUUAAGGAGUCACGUUUGAGUUUAAGUAUUGGCUUUGUGGGUUCGAUUUUGCCUGCAGCUAAAGGGCGGAGAUAUCUUAUUAAUAGAACAUCAUAAAAGUAGAUCAACAUCAUCGGAAAGCCUCCAUCGCUCUCAUCCACGCAGGACUCAUCCAUUCGUUAGUGGCGCAUCUGCAUUUUCACAUUUUUACAUUUCAACCUCUGACCUCUGACCUUAACCUGAACCCGGACGCAUCAUUUUUAGCUUUUAGUUGUAGGCAACACAACGUUUGUUUAACGAAAACAAAGAACUUAAACACAACAUGCGCUACGAAAGUACCUGGAACGAUUAACGAUCAACGAUGAACCAUCAUCUCAAAAAGUGAAUCGCAAACCGAACUUAGCUGCAGGCAGAAACGGACCACAAAAUCCAUUGAAAACCUAACUAAGCCCAGACAGAAAGUCUCAUUUAAUUAUAGAGUUCUAGAUAUAUAUAUUCAUGUAUAUUGCUAAAGAUAUUGAUCAAGUUAAAGAUCUAUAUAUGUGUGUAUGUCCACAAACCGCAAGCAACAAACAAAGAAAACUCCCACAAACUGUGCUAAAACAAACGUAAGAAAUAAUAAGAAAAUGUCGAAUAUGUUGAAAGAGUCCAGGUCCAGAUGUUAUUUGUGUUAUUUUGACCAGAGCAAAACUAUACGGGAAAUAAAUCUAGCCGACUAACAAUGUGAAAGCCAAGUGAGAGGAACAACAGCAAAACGGCAACGAAGCCCAAUCAAAUCUAUGUCUAACUGUUAAACGAUAAUGUUAACCCUCAUCCCCCAGGUUAUCCUAUCCAGUGUGUUCCAUGUUACUUCGUAGCCGUACCCGUAUCUCUAACGCUCGCUGUAUGCCCAUCAAUAUCUGUAUCUCUAACUGUCUCUGUAAGCCAUCUCCCAUCCGACCACAACCGAUCACACUCUUAAAGAAUUACAAUAAAAUCCAAGUUUAAUAUCCAA